GGGUAGGGGGAGUCCCCGUCCCGCCCCAGAAUAGACUUCAGCCCCAGUGAGAGACGGCGACUGGGGACCCCUCGGCCAUGGGGAGCGGGCGCGACGCCAUCCUGGAGGCACUGGAGGACCUGACCGAGGAAGAUUUCAGAAAGUUCAAGCUCAAGCUGCUGUCGGUGCCGCUGCGUGAAGGUUACGGGCGCAUCCCCGGAGGGCGGCUGCGGGCUCAAGAGAAGGGCUGCAUGGACCCGUUGGACCUCGCCGACAAGCUGGUCAGCUUCUACCUGGAGGAGUACGGCGCCGAACUCACUGCGACGGUGCUGCGGGACAUGGGCUUGCAGGAGACAGCCCAGCGGCUGCAGGAGCGCAUGCAGAAGUGCAUGCAGAAGGGCUCUGCAGCUGCACCCUCCAGAACCAAGCAGGCAGCCAAGCCAGCACUGCACUUUGUGGACCAGCACCGAGCAGCCCUCAUUGCGAGAGUCACCCACGUCGACGGGGUGCUGGAUGAGCUGUACGGGAGUGUCCUGACCGAGGAGCAGUAUCAGGCGGUGCGGGCUGAGACCACCAACCCAAACAAGAUGAGGAAGCUCUUCAGCUUUGCUCCAGCCUGGGACGCCAACUGCAAGGAACUGCUCCUGCAGGCCCUGCGGGAAAAACAGCCCUACCUGGUGGAUGACCUGCAGCGCAGCUGAGACCCACACUCACCCCAUGCCCGCUGCAGUCUGGCUUUUUUCUACACAAUAUAUGAG